AGGGGGCGGGAGCCGCGAGACACAGGAAGGAAAAUCCGCCGAGGAAGCGUGUCUCGAGUCACUUUAACAUGUACACUGUACUUUAUGUGUGUAUAUAAUUUUACACCCGAGAAGUUUGAAAGGAGUCGUGGGUACAGCUAACAACGGAAGAGGUGCUACAGAGCCACACUUAGCUUCGGUGGUGUUUUAUGAAGGAUAGUGAGGGCCCCGCCGCCAGCGUCUUCCCAGGAAUGGUCCCGCAUGGUGCAGAAUGCGGGUGAAGCAGUAGCGCUCAUGCCGCACUCCUAGUUCACUCACCCGUCCAUCACACAACACUGAACACCUCCAAGUGUUUGUGAAAAUGCCAAGAUCCAUAGUGCUUCUGGUUGGGCUGGUGCUAGGGCUCCUGAUUCGGACCCAGGGUCACAGCUUCUUCACCUGUGAGCCAAUCAAGGUGCCUCGCUGCCUCGGAAUGACCUACAACAUGACCUUCUUCCCCAACAUAAUGGAGCACUAUGACCAGGACAUUGCUGCCAGCAAGAUGGAGCCCUUCAUGCCCCUUAUCAACAUACAGUGUUCCCCCGAUGUGCACCUCUUCUUGUGCCAAGCCUUCGUCCCACCCUGCAAGGGCCACAAUGAGGUGGUCCAGCCCUGCCGAGCUCUUUGCGAGGCCGUGUACGCUGACUGCGCCGAGCUGCUGGACACGUUUGGCGUCAGCUGGCCACAUGAGCUACAGUGCGACAGACUGCAGGAAUGCCGUGACUCUCCAGAUGGUUCAGCUGGUCCACCAGCGAAGGAUAUGACCACACCCAGGACCUCCUCAUCAGUGGGGAGGGAUCUGGGCUUCUGGUGCCCGUUGCCCCUCAAGACUCAGUCUGGACUGGGCUCAUCGUUCCUGGGGGUGAAGGACUGCGCACCCCCAUGUGGCAGCAUGUACUUCAAACCCCACGAGGUGGAGUUCGCCAAGAACUUCAUCGGCGUGUCAUCCAUUGUCUGCCUUUGUGCCACGCUCUUCACCUUCCUCACCUUCCUUAUAGACGUCAAGAGGUUCCGUUAUCCAGAACGACCCAUCAUCUUCUACGCCGUGUGCUACAGCUUUGUGUCUCUCAUCUACUUUGUGGGCUUCCUGCUAGGCAACAGAGCAGCCUGUGGGCAGGCUGGUGGCCCUGGCUCCGUGGAAACCGUGGUUCUGGGCUCGCAGAACAAGGGUUGCACGCUGCUUUUCAUGCUGCUCUAUUUCUUCUCGACCGCUGGCAUUGUCUGGUGGGUCAUCCUCACCAUCACUUGGUUCCUUGCAGCAGGGCCCAAGUGGAGCUGCGAGGCCAUUGAGAAGAAGGCUGUGUGGUUCCACUCGGCGGCCUGGGGAGUGCCGGGGGCGCUCACGGUCAUGCUUCUGGCCCUCAACAAGGUGGAGGGCGACAACAUCAGUGGGGUUUGCUUUGUGGGGCUCUAUGACCUGGAUGCACUACGCUAUUUUGUGAUGGCUCCGCUCUGCGCUGCCAUCCUGGUGGGCCUCUCUCUGAUCCUGGCCGGGAUCGUCUCGCUCAACCACGUGCGGCAGGUCAUCCAGCACGAUGAGCGUAACCAGGAAAAGCUGAAGAAGUUCAUGAUCCGCAUCGGCGUGUUCAGCGGCCUGUACCUGGUGCCGCUGGUCACCCUGCUGGGGUGCUAUGUCUAUGAGCAGGCUCACCGCAGCACUUGGGAGACCACCUGGAUCAAUGACCGCUGUCAGGAGUACAGCAUCCCCUGCUCCUACACGAAAAAAGAACUGGCUCGCCCAGAUCUCUCUCUUUUCCUCGUAAAAUACUUAAUGACGCUGGUGGUUGGAAUAUCAGCGGUGUUUUGGGUCAGCAGCAAGAAGACGUGUUCUGAAUGGGCAUUCUUCUUCAACAGGACUCGCAAGAAAGAUCCGAUCAGCGAGAGCCGCAGAGUUCUGCAGGAGUCCUGUGAGUUCUUCCUCAAGCACAACAGCCGUGUCCAGCACAAGAAGAAGCACUACAAGCCGAGCUCACACAAGCUGAAGGUUGUCUCCAAGUCCAUGGGUACGAGCACGGCUGCGACAGCUUCUUCCGUCGUCGCUGUGGCCAAUCAAGACGUCACGGGUGCGGCCUCCUUCUCCGAGGUCAGGGGUUCCUCCGAGACGUCCGGGAAGGACAAGGUGGAGCGGGAAAGCACGGCCCGCGGGCCCAGGUCCGAGGAGAGGGAGAAGGCCAGACAGGCCCUCGCUGUUCGUGAAGGGUCUGAGAAGCGAAGCAAGGGAGGCAGUUCUGGAAGGGUCAGCAGUCGUUCUGACAGCUUCCAGAGGGUUCCAGAUGGAAGGGUGACACCGAGGAGUGACUUCACAGAGGGCAGGCAGGUGCCCGGUGGACCUCCCCCAGCGCCAAGUUCUGCCCCCAGUGGCAGUAGGAGAGGCUCUGCCCCCCAUUCCUCACGUCUGGUCCCUGAGGAAACCAAGGAGAAAGGGAGCAGCUGCUCCAAUGCCUGAGAAUUGACCCCACUUCCCACUGGCACAGCAGACAUGGAGUUUACUGUGCUCCGUUCCGGACCAGUUUCCAGUUUGGCAACCUCUUCACAUUCCUUUAAUUCAAGGUCAUCUUAAGGCUGAUAUUAGGUCCUGUUGAUGAACAUAGACCAUCUGGGGGUGAGUCAGAGGUCAGAGAACCUCCAACGGACCUGGUUCUACAGGAGUUGUACAGAACCAGAGUCUGCAUGGGUGUGACAUAACCAGGGGUUCAGGUUCCUGGAAGCUGUGGCUGUAGUAAAGGCCACUUGCAUGUUAAUGAGGAAUGUAAGUGCUAUUUGUUACUUCUGAACACUGGAGUCUAGUCUACACACUGAAUUAUGAUGGAACACGGACAUCUGUUAAAACAUAAGACUUCUCAAAGCGCAGUUCAUAGAAUGAGUAUUCAAGUCAUAAGUGUUAGUGAUGCCAUACACUCAAUAGUCUUUCCUUUUUGUAUUUUCUCAUAUGUAAUUGUAAAGAAACUGUAAAAAUAAGCAUACUUGGUUCAGCUCCAAAACACUUGCAAUGAUUUGUCAAACCUAUUUUUAAUUUUUCAACUACAAGUUUAUACAAAGUCAGUUACCUUGAUAAUUGCCCCUUACCUACAGCCCUUCUGUAAAUUAUUUUAUACUCUUUAACAAACUUAAGGUGUCUUAGUAUUAAAUAUGUGGAAUGUUUAGUCAAUGCAAAUUGUCUCCAAAGAGCUGUAAUGUGCAUUUGACACCUGAAUCCUGCUCAGAAAUUCAACCUCUAAUUACUUUCCCAUUUGUGCCUUUAAAUUUAAUGUAUAGAAAUCUUAUGACUCUGUAGGAACAUUCCAGUGUAUGUUUUGUGACACAUGGAUAUUACUGAUUCUUUAAAAGUAUAAUAGUGUAAGGUAACUCAAACA